ACGGAUUAUAUCACGAAGUGCAUCCCGUCAAUUCCGCCGCUGUCUUUUCGUCCCUCCAUACACUACCAUGUCUAAUUUGAGCAAUAUCGAUCUUACAAACAACAUUGACUCAUUUCCGUAUGGGUCGAUUGAUGAAAUCCAAGGACGACUGCAACAACCUCUGUACACCCUGAGAUGGAAGGACGUUCGUCAAGAUAUCCCCCUAGGUUACGUGCCACCAGAUGUCUUGGCGCGGCUAGAGGAGACACCCUCAGACGUCAGAGGAGACAUUGAUGUCGACCAUGCCCGUCGCACUGUAUACGCCUUCCAGGGGACUACCGAACCCGAGCGCAGCGCUGUUGUCGCAGCGCUGAUGAAUCACUGGCGAAGCCAAGAUGCCUUCCCAGUGCUUCGCGGAUGGCGGGACGAGCUAUGGCCCAUUUACGCAAACGAUGGAGAGCUACUCUACAACAUGGAGCGGUCCGCCACCGGCCUUUUUGGUGUUACGCGGUACGGCGUUCAUCUGAAUGCCUUCGUACGGUGUGCAGAGGCAAGCCAUGGUAUCAAGAUGUGGAUAGCCAGACGAUCGCCCACGAAGUCUACUUUUCCCGGCAUGUUGGACAACACCGCAGCUGGCGGUCUCAUGACGGGAGAGGAUCCGUUUGAAUGCAUCAUCAGGGAGGCGAACGAAGAGGCGGACCUUGCCGAGGACGUCGUACGAGGACAAACAUUGGCAGCUGGUGGGGUCACUUACACCUACAUCACGCACGAGGAAGCUGGUCAAGCUGGCCUAAUCUACCCCGAAGUCCAAUGGAUAUACGACCUUGAGUUACAAUCAAACGUCGUUCCGCGACCCAAGGACGGUGAGGUUGCUGGGUUCGAGCUCUGCGGUAUUGAGGAGGUACAGCAUCAGUUGGCACACGGGAAGUUCAAGCCGAACUGUGCCUUGGUAGUCAUUGACUUCCUGAUCCGGCAUGGCAUCCUUACGCGGGAUAAUGAGCCCGACUUCAACGAGAUAAAGCUCAGGCUGCACCGCGAGCUCCCCUUUCCCGGCCCCCACAAGUUCGAGUCGUUCCCAAACUAGACUGCAGGCCAAUUCUAAUAAGUCCUUUCGUAAAAGGGCGAUCGUAGCCUUCGCUUUGCGUAACAAGCUGUCUGGCCUCAGAUACUAUGGUGUCCGACAAUAUCGGAGCUCCUCGUCCAUUUUGUGAUGGCAUCGGCGGCGUACGCACAGCAGGCAUGUCGAGUGUUAUUUAACGUUGUUCAUCAUGGUCUUGUUCAGCUGC